GCAAAAUUUCUGUCCCAGGAUCAAAUUAAUGAGUUCAAGGAAUGUUUCUCCCUGUACGACAAGAAGCAGAAAGGGAAGAUCAAAGCCUCGGAGCUGCUGGCCGUGAUGAGGUGCCUGGGAGCCAGCCCCACCCCAGGGGAGGUGCAGAGGCACCUGCACCUCCACAAGAUCGACAGAAACGCAGAGUUGGAUUUCUCCACUUUCCUGAACAUAAUGUACAGGCAGAUGAAGCAGGAGGAGCCUGAGAAGGAAAUCCUCACAGCCCUGUCCAUGAUAGACAGGCAGAAGAGAGGAGUCAUCACUGUUUCAGAGCUGAGAGCCAAACUCACCAGGCUGGGAGAAAAGCUUUCUGAGGAAGAAGUCGAUGACCUGCUGAAAGAAGCCAAAGUUGGACCAAAUGGGACAAUCCAAUAUGAAGAUUUUGUCCGUGUCAUUUGUCUGCCUACAGCUGACUACUAA